AUGAUUAUCAGAUCACCAAUAAGAACAAAGACCAAAUCAUUCAGAGGCGACCAAAUAGAUUUUAAAUUUCCGUCCACCGAAAGCUUACCAAGAGGAACGAUGGAAGAAUAUCACCUAAACAAUCACCACCUUUUGAACAAUACUUUAGGUGGAGAAAAUCCAGUCACACACGAUGAAGACGCCACCUCUCAAAUUUUAUCUGACUAUACAUCCGCAUCCAAUACAAAUACAAAUUCUGGCUACUCCUCUAAUGGAUACUAUUCAUUUGCUAAUAUCUCCGACAACACCACAUCAUCUCCACGAAUUAUUGUCAACCCAAAUGAAGCCACUAACAGAUUGACAUCCUCAGACUCUAACAAAAGCGACUAUUUUGCUUCCCAUGAUGUACAAAACGAUGAUUCUUUACAUUAUAGUAGUUCAAGUGUGGUAAGAAACCAACUACAUUCGAUGGAAGUUAUUCCAGAGGGAAAUGUAACCGGCUCAGUAUCGUCAGCUCUCCAGACCAUUCCAACUGCAGAAAACGUUUCCUACAACAUCGCAUCGUCAUCGGCAUCAUCGAUAUCGUCAAAGGGAACGACACCCAACGGAACGCUGCAGCCAACGCAGGAGGCUGAAACCAUAAUCAAUCCGAAAUUGGAGAAACAUGAAGAAGUUAUUAAACAAAAAAAGCCAGUCCCAGAAUGUAAAAAAAAGCUAAACAGAGUUCCUACCAUAAAACAGGUCGGGUCUUUAAAAUCUUCGAAUUCUAGAUACAAUUCUAGUGCCAGUAGCAGGUCAACUAGCGCUCGUGGCAGCUUAAAGCGAUCCAAGGCUAUUAGAUGCAAAGGCGGUCUCUUGUAUUAUUUUACUUCACUGGGAAUUAGGAUAAAAAAAACGCUACACAGACUAAGAUCAGCCAUAAGAAGAAAAUUGUUUUCAUUUAAUGACAAAAAUGCUACCACCUCUAUAUGUAAGAAUUCUAAAAUCAAGACUCAGAAUAAUAAAAAAUCAAAAAAAAGGCAAGCCGACUUGAUUAAGAACAAGGACCUUUCUACUUCUCGUCAUAAAAAAGCGCAAAGAUAUGUAUCCAAUUUACAAAGAUCAAUAUCGUCAAAGUCUUUGGUACCCGUACUAGCCCCGCUACAAACCACGAAACCUCUAGAAAUUGAUACAAAUUGCGAGGCCAUGGUUUCCGAAUCCAAGGAACCAACAGUAGGACCAAAGGGGCCAAAGAGCCCUUUAGUAAGGUAUACACCAUCCUUAAGAAGAACAAAUUCAUCCAUCAGAAGGGCUGCCUCUAUUUUAACCACAUCUGCUACUAUGACACCGGUAAACAACAGAAAUUCCUUUAUUUCUGUAUCAGAGAGUGUUAAUAAUGCUGUCACUCGCAACAGCAGUGCGUACUCUAGAUCAAGAUUGGUAAGAUCGAAACCCUCAACUUCCUUAAAUGCAAUCGCGAGACAACCAUCAAUUGUAGUAGAAAAUAGAGUAAUUCCAUUAUCUAUGAAUCGAUUCUCAAUAAAGGAAGAAGACGAAUAUGUCAUAGACACAACUUCUAUGAGGGAAUUAUCCCCGGUUAAUAGUGUUUCCUCAUCUGACUAUGACCAAAAAUCAUUAGCAAGCCAUUCAGAUUACGCGGAUGCAAUGGAAACAAUAGAAGCUAUAGACGAAGACGAAACUGGAAAUAGCAAAAGCAUACAAGAAGACAACUUGAAGAGCGAAAGUGUCUCCAAUGAUAUGAGUUACGAUUUGAUGAAGCAUUAUUUGAGCACAGUCAUUGCGCAAAGAAUCAUGCUCCGGGUGCAGAUUGCGCGUCUACAGGAUUCUAAAGACGCUGUUGUUUAUAUGAAUAAAUCUGCUGAAACAAACUCGACUAUCUAUGAAGAUCUCGUCGACUCCCUCUUAAUUGAAUAUGAGGCGGAUGGCAAUUCCUCCCAAAUACUUGAUGAUGUUUCAAUGAGAGAUGAGGAUGAAGAAGAAGAAGAAGAAGAAGAAGAAGAGGAAAAAGGGGACGUUUUAGUGGAAGAAAUAGACCAGUUAGCAAACUUAAGGCCGAUAGAAAAAGAAAGAAAUUUGAGCAUUACUUUGAGAUCACCAUUCGCCAUGUUAAACUCUGCCUAUUCUAAUAGCAUAAUAUCGUUGCCUACAGGGGCUGUCAAGAGGUCAUUGACUCUUCCUGUUGGCAUAAAAAUAUAA